UUGAUCAUCGGUGUACACUCCGCUUCGACGCUUUAAAGAUACGAUACAACCAUACCAGUCUUUUUCAUUCAACAAUAAAAGUGGAUAAGAAUCGAUGUCGAAAUGAUCAUGUUUAAAAAAUUGAUUCAAAUGAUUCAGCACAUUGAAAUGAAAGUGAAAAACUAUGGGAUACCAACUGGAUUUUUGCUGUUGCGGGUGGUGGGAGCAAAAACCUAAGAUUCUGAGCUUAAGGCGUGUAAUAUUUUAUUCAGAUAUGAAAAGCUUUCCUAUCAGAUGAUAAAUUUAUAUCUUGGUUAAAUCCACUGAGCCCGGCAAAGAUAUACGUAAAAGAGCAAGAGAGGCAUGCCCUAGCUAAAUAUAUUAUUCCCCAAGGCUUUCUCUUCAUUCGUCCAUUGUCAUCCCGUAUGACUCCAUCAAAAUUGAUGCCUAUUGGAGGACUAUCUUCAGUGGAAUCAGCAGCUGAGUCUGAUAGAAGCAUUGCUGAUGCUGAGUAUUCUUUGGCCAAGGCUGGAGGACAUGAAGUGGAAUUUAAUCGUGUGAAUUGUCUAGUAUGGGUAUUGUAUGAAUCUGCUAGAAGUUUUUCCCUUGCAAUACAGACGAUCGAAUUGGCUAAAACAGGUCCCCCACUAGCAAUGGCAUGGAAUGGAGUCGAUGUGAAUGCCUGGCAUAAGCACGUUGCAUAUCAGGUUGCAGUGUAUGCUCUACUGAAAGCGGCAAUUGAGGUGGAGUUAUUUCUUUCUCACAAACGCAGCAACAACCCUUCUCCUGUUCUUGAGAUUGGUAUUGCAGGAACAAUUAUGGCUAUAAGCUGUUGUGCUGCUGUUGGGAAAUUGGGUUCGGCACGAAUUUCUUGUCCCUUAUUUUCAAAUUCAAUUGAAGAGGCAUCGAUAGAGCUUAUGACUAUGUCACACAGUCUAGUUCCUCUUGAGAAAUUGCAUCACCUAGCAACUGAGGCUGGAUUUGAAGAUAAUUUUCUUUCCCAAUUUGGAAGUAAAAUUCUUCCCAGUAAGAAUGUUGAAGAUACUGAAUUUUGGAUUGGACUGAUUCAGAGAAAGCUUUCUACUGCGUUACACAGAGAAAGUGUAACUUCAGGCAGGCACAUUAGCAAGGUUCAAGAAAGUUGUUUGAUUACUCUGGGACUUUUUGCAUAUCUAGGAAGAGAAACAAGAUUGUUCUUGUGGAGGCACCAUAUAAAAGAUCUUGAGGAACAAAUUAAAGAUUUUCUUAGUUAUUUAGAGUGUGGUAUCCCUUCCAUGUUUCCUGAAUUUUCAACCAUAUCAGAGUAUCAGCUUGUAAUGGAGGUAAUUAUCGACGAAAUUGGAUGGGUCAACUUUUAUGCUGCAUAUAACUAUCGUGUAUUCCAAGAUAGGAGAAGGUCCAAAAAUCAUCCUAUUCAGGCAGAGCAAGAAAUUAUUUUGUACACCGUUUUUACUGUAUGCUAUGAUGUGAUUUGGGGAUUCGCCCACUACAGCAAUUCAACUCAACAAGCCUUAGAUUCUAAUUUGUUAGAAUUUUUACUUAAGAGUCAGGAACUGCUAUCCACAUGUCUGGAGGACUUCUGGUCUGCUUAUGAUGGAACAGGUGACAUGCAGAAAAUAGGGGAAAGAAGUGAUCCUGACUUACCGCCAUCAUUACAAACUAAGGGAACCAAAAAUUCAUCUCUAAUAAUGGAAGCACCACAGAGGCCACCUGACUUGAUGACAAGGGGAAAGCAUCAAAAUGAAUUUAUCCAGUCUCAGGCCAAUGCUAAAAAACUUGCUGAUUUAGAUUCGUCAAAGCCCAUCCAUCAAAAUCUGCUUAGAAAAUCUACAACCAAGAUGGUAUCUGCAAGUUUUGAUAUAUGGAUGGGAACUCAGAUACUUUUUGUAGACAUCAAGUACACUCUGCGGCUUUUUACGAAGCAAUUAUGUGGCUAUAAGGUCACAAAAAGGGAAAAGAAGAAAAUUCAAACAACACUUGCUGACAUUGCCACACUCAUACCAGUUACAAUUUUAAUGCUACUUCCAGUUUCUGCUGUAGGUCAUGCAGCCAUGUUAGCAGCAAUCAAGAGAUACGUGCCAUCUUUGAUUCCUUCACCCUACUCUUCUGAACGGCUCGCAUUAAUGAAGCAAUUAAAGAGAACGAAGAAGAUGGCAAUUCAACAGAGCAAGAGCAUAGGCUAAAUUCCCUUGAAAGUUAACUAAUCCAGUAGUGAAGAUAUUAUCUACUUAACACUGUUUUGAAACAGAUGUAUUGUCCAUUAGAACAUUGUAUAGUAUUAAGAAAUAAAAUAAGUUAAAAUCGUGUCGACUGUAUUGUCAUGUCGUAUUCAUGCAAAUAUUGUGGAUUACUUAUGCAGAAUCUGUACUGUAAAUUUCACGAGUUUAAUCCUGUAUAUGAACUUGGGCAUCUUGGUCCUUUUUUCUUUUUUAAAUAAACUAUUCUCAAGGCCUCAAUUAGUCAA